AUGGCGGUCUUCCGUGCACAAGAUCCGGCGUGGACUGGCGACCUGGAUGCUUGGGCCUUGACGGACUGCGAUAGGGCCACCCUCCAUUAUGACGGCAUUUGUUCGCGUUGCUAUCGAAAGGAUGAGAAACGUGGCCCCGACGAGCCUUACUUCUUCUCUGCGGAAAACCAGCUCGACUUUGGCCCCGUACCGACCCGAUUGCCCGAGCUCACACCUACCGAAGAGGCAUUGAUUGCUCGUGUCCAUGUCCACGUGAACAUUAUGCUUGUGCGGGGGCAGCAGUACAAGUAUCGAGGGCACGUCGUUCACUUUCUCCGCGAGGUUGGCUUGGUCCGGCAAUUCCCCCGCCAGUUCCGCGUGCGUCGCCAGGCGGUUAUGAUAUGGCUAGACUACCUGCGCCAUCAUCAUCCUGGCUAUCGAUCCAUCGCGAUCGACGACGAGCGACUGAGCCAACUGCCCGAGGACGGCAAUGUGGUGGACGCCAUCCCCCAAAGUCAGGUGGAGGCUGCCGAUGUGGGACCGGAGGAAGAUCAGGAGGCAGAGCCUGACCUAGAGGAUGCGGCUGCGGUGCCUGACCUGUUGGCCAAGGACACGGAGCUGGAUGCUCUGUGGUCUAUUCUCGCGGACGGCAGAGCCGACUUUGUGGAGCCUCGCUUGCGGUCCAUUGAGUACAAGGAUUACAUCGAGCACGCGAUGCGGUGGCACGACGGCCGUUUUGCGCGCCAUCCAACCUUCCGCUUUGUCGCAUUCAACACCCUGAUGCGGUCCCAAGCACGUGCGAGGUCCAAAUUCUUCGUGAAGCAACACGAUGGCACCCGUGAGCCGCUCACGCGAGAGCAGCUUAUUCAGGCGCUCGAACACGCUGAGGAUCCACGGGCGCAGGCGCUGAUCAACUCGAUCACAAGAAAGAGGCAGGACCUCGAGGCACAUGUCCGAAAGGACUUCCUCGAAUUCGCAGAAGGGCUCGAUAAGGACAACUGGGUUGUCUCGGCCUAA